AUGCUCUCCGUACGCUCCCAGUGCCUCCUGGCGAUGCUCGCAUCAAGCAUCGUCAGCGCGGCACCCUACAAUACCUUCGACGGGCCAGGCUUUCCCGCCUGCAACGAAGUUACCGCAGUCCACAACGCAACCAGCGUGGAUGAAAUCCAGUCCCUUGUCAAGGAUGCCAUCGCCUCCGGCCAGAAGAUCCGUGCCUCGGGCAAAGGCCACAUGUGGUAUGACACAAUGUGCUCCGACGACCCGAACACGGUCAUCAUUCGCACCGAAGACGUCAAUGAUAUCUCCGAGUUCGACCUCGACGCUGGGUCCGUGGUGAUCGAGGCCGGCGUGACAUUCUUGCAGUUGGCUGAGUAUCUUCACGCGAGGGGGGCGUCGGCUGGGUACACGCUCGUGAACUGGAACAUCACCCUUGCGGGUUGCGUCGCCAUGGGAGCGCAUCGGUCUUCGAUCCGUGAGGACUCGAUGGUUGCUGCCGGCGUGCUUGAAUUGGAUAUUAUCGACGGCAACGGGGAACUGAGACAUCUCGUGAGGGACAACGAUGACGAUACGUGGCUCGCUGCUUCGACGUCCCUAGGUCUGUUGGGUGUCAUUGUGCGGAUGAAGUUCAAGAUCUACCCCGACUUCAAGGUCUAUGCUCAGCAGAAGACACUCGAAGAAAGCGAGGUGCUUGACGGCAACAUCUAUGGCCUGAUUGCACCUUAUGCAACAGCCAACUUCUGGUGGUGGCCGUACAAGCGCAAAUUCCACCACCGCUAUUACGACGUCGUCCCCACAAACACCAGCGACCAGCAAGGCUUCCAAAACACCUUUUCCGUCACCGACCUUGAGGGCACCACCGCCCGCACCCUCCUCGACAGCGGCCGCUACCUCGCAACCUCCAACUUGCUAGCCGAGGAGAUCUUCUUCGGGCUCUGGUCCAAGCCCAACUUCCGCGAGAAGACGACCAACGAGCCCAUUGAAGAAUGGCCUGUCUAUGGCUGGAACUACGACGUGCUCAUCGGGGGCUUGUACCCGGACCAGAGGCCCCUGUGGGAGGUUGGCGUCCAGGGGUACACGCUCGAGCUGGCGUUCCCUAUCACGCAGGCCAACGCCAUGCUGAAGCGCGUGCGGCAGCUGUUUGACGACGAGGCGAAGAAGCUCAUCGUCAUGACGUCUACGUACCGCAGCGGCAUCAAUAUCAAGUUUGGGCGGCCGUAUUUCGAUCUCCUGGGCCAGGUCACGUACGGCACCUCUGACGGCGCGGAUUGGAGCAAGGGGGUCAUUAUGCUCGACUUUCCCACCUUUCGACCUACCGUUGGCGACCACAGCAGGUUCAACGAGCCCUUUUAUCACAAUCUUGCCAAAGUACUCAUUGACGAGUUCCCCUGCCGCCCGCACUGGACCAAGAAUACCCGAGAGGUUUUGGCCCAGGCUGCGAAAAACAUUGAUCCCGAUCAUAUUGCCCGCUUCAAAGCUGUCAGGGAGCAGUUUGACCCGGACGGGGUUUUCAAGAGCGUUGUUGGUGAGGCCAUUGGGGUUUACUAG